GCUGAGUGGCUGGAGUAAGUAGAGGCACAGCUGCGCUUGGGACCUUGGGAUCUCAGCUGGGGUUUCUCACCGGUUUCUCGUGUUUCUACUGGAUAAAAGAACCCAGAUCCUCCUCUCACCGCUGCUCUCCUGCAGCCAGAGCCGCGUUUAUCCUCAUUCAGCCUGAGAAAAGUGGCGCGAGUGGAAGAAACCGCACAAAGGCGGAGUGCGCUAUUUCGGGACAGCGCGAAGGGGGCUGCGCGCGCGGGACCGGGGGUCUGCAGGACCGGAUCGACCCAACGCAGGACGGUUCUGGCGGAUACAGCCGGCAUGGAGCCUCGUGUUUUUACCUUAUCCGCGUUUAUUCGGUUGCGUGAGAGGAAAUACGACGAGUGCAGGUGACAAAAACGAGGACGAGCCCUCCAGUUCCUUUGUUUGGAUGGUAAUAGUGAUGGUGGUGGUGGGCGUGCUGGCGCGCGCAGGUGGACGAACGCGUUGAAGAAGUGAAGAAGACGCAACGUUUAUUUAUUUUUUUGGUUUGGUUUUAGUUUUAUUUUUUGUAGGACGCAGCGAUACUAGUAGCCAAGGCGCUGCGAUGCUUUCGUUCAGUGUUUUUGGAUUGCCUUCGUGCCCGCGAGCGUCAGGCUGCUCAAGGUGGGACCACCGGUCUGGACCACUUAAACAUAAAUAGCUUUACUACGUUACGUAUGACGAACAUUAAUUGAUUGAUGGAUUAAUGGAUUGAUUAAUUGAUUGACUAAUUGAUUGAUCUAUGGAACUAAUAGCAAUGGUAUCCCAAUUUUGGAGCAUCACUUAUCUUCUCAAAACCAUUUUCUAUUUGAGAUUUGCAUGUACUGAAGUGAAGAAGCAGUAAAAAGAACAGUAAAACCAAUAAGAAUACCUGGUUAUUACUUAUGGUAGUUAUGAUGGGUGUUGAUUAAUUGAUUAACCCAAUGGAAUAGAAUGGAGCAUCACUCUCCCCAAUUGCUUUAUCUAUUUAAGCUUUUUUAGUUCAACUCAACUGAAGAAAAAACCCUUCCUUCCUCUGUUUGAGGUGUGUUACAACUGGAGAGCAGAACAAUUAAGAGCCAGCAAGAACCAGUAAAACCAGUAAGAAUGCCUGAUAUUGCUUAUGAUGGACACUGAUUAACUUAAAAUAUGGACCUGGAACUCAUGAAACAUCACACAAUCUUCUCAAACCUACUAGUGGAUUGCAGAAUAAGUUAAAAUCAGUGAGAACCAGUAAGAACCAGUGAGAGCCAGUAAGAGCCAGUAAGAAUGUCUGAUGUGACUUAUGAUGAACACAGAUUGACCUAAUGGAAAGGGACCUAGAACUCUUGGAGCAUACCUCAACCUGCUCAAACCCAUCAUAUCUUUGAGGUUUCCUACUACUAGAUUGCAGAACCAGUAAGAACCAAUAAAAAAACAGUAAGAACCAGUAAAACCAAUAAGAAUACUUUAUGUUACUAAUGAUAUACACUGACUUACCUAAUGGAAAUGGACCUGGAACUCUUAGAGCAUCACUCAAUAUUAUCAAACCCAUCCUCUUUUUGAAGUUUCCUACUACUGGAUUGCAGAACCAGUAAGAACCAAUAAAAACCAGUAGGAACCAGUGAGAAUGCCUGAAGCCCUGUCCCCAUCCCAAGCCCUCUACAUGGGCAUGGAAGUGGUGAUCGCAGUGUCCUCAGUGCUGGGUAAUGUGAUGGUGGUGUGGGCAGUGAAGAUCAGCAGAUCUUUGAGGGACACCACCUUCUGCUUUAUAGUGUCUCUGGCUGUGGCCGACAUCGCAGUGGGAGCACUGGUCAUCCCCCUGGCCAUCACUAUCAGCAUCGGGCUCCAGACCCACUUCUACAGCUGCUUACUGGUGGCGUGCACCGUGCUGGUCCUCACCCAGAGCUCCAUCCUCGCGCUGCUGGCCAUCGCUAUUGAUCGAUACCUGAGGGUCAAGAUUCCAACCAGCUACAAGCGAGUAGUCACUCCCAGGCGAGCCGGAUUAGCAGUGGUCGUGUGCUGGACGGUGGCCUUCAUAGUCGGGCUGACUCCGAUGCUGGGCUGGAACAAUUUACACAACCUGCAACGAAGGAACGGCUCGCUCGGCCCGGACCUCAUCAUCACCUGCCAGUUUGAAAAUGUCAUCAGCAUGGAAUACAUGGUUUACUUCAACUUCUUCGGCUGGGUUCUUCCUCCACUGCUGCUGAUGCUGGCUAUUUACGCCGAGAUCUUCAUCAUGAUCCACAAGCAGCUGAACAAGAAGGUCACCACCAGCCACACCGACCCCAACAAGUACUACGACAAGGAGCUGAAGCUGGCCAAGUCGCUCGCUCUCGUCCUCUUCCUGUUCGCCGUCAGCUGGCUCCCGCUGCACAUCCUGAACUGCAUCACCCUGUUCUGCCCGAACUGCGAGAAGCCUAUGUUCCUCAUCUACAUCGCCAUCCUGCUCACUCACGGCAACUCGGCCGUCAACCCCAUCAUCUACGCCUUCCGCAUCAAGAAGUUCCGCAUGGCGUUCCACCGGAUCUGGAAGCAGUACUUCUGCUGCAAGGAGGCUCCGCCCAUCGAGACGCAGUUGAGCGAAAGACUAGACAAGGACCACUUUGGCCCUCAGCCCAUACCUGCAAUGGAGCACAAUAACAUUUGACAUUGGAGCACCAGGGGAACUCAACUCACAGAGCAGGCGGCUGAAUACAUUGGCCACUCUUAGCGACAUAUUAGUGUCUAUUUGAAUGUAAAUCGGCGCACCGUCUGCACAGGCCAUUGACUGCAGUCGUCAGAGCGCAGAGUCCCAUUACAGGAGGAUUAUGAAACAUUAUCACUCCACCAGGAGUCAAAGUAGAGCGAGACCAGACAGUGGAAUUAAAUCAUAAAGAGAAGGGAAUCUGAGAUACGGCAUACUGGAAAUGAGACUUUCUGAAUUGGAUACUUGUGGAAAUGUUUACUCCAUCAAAGGCUUCUGUGGUAAAACCACAGGGAACCGUAGCUAGCCUACAGGUCCAGCAUCACUCGAGUUAUUCAGAAAUCCAAAAUGUGCAAUACCCUCGUCUCAAAUGGUGCAUCAUCUGAAAUCAUCCUUUCGAAAUGUUCUCGACGCUAUGAAUUUCAAUUUUUACUACUAGUAAGAGUACGGUUCCUGAAAGAAAGAAAAAGUAUGAAUGUAAUACAGAAUACACUGAGGAUAAACUGGUUAUAAAAUGUUAUAAAAUGAUAAUCAAUCAGUUCCUGAACCUACUUCCAAUAAGUCCAUGAGGGAAGAUGUUGAAGGGGUCGAUGAGAGAAUAGAAUAUUGAUUUAAAAAAAAGGCAGGAAGGUCUCUGUAGAGUUUAAUCUUCAAUUCUUUAAAGCUCAGCAUAUUUGAGCUGACCCAGCUAUAUAUAUAUAUAGUUAAACAAUAAUAUUUCUGUAAAAAUACAAUUAUUUAUUUAAGGGCUGCACAAUCAGGUAAUAAUCAUGUCUGUUAAUUGAAUUAACUCAAAUUUAUGUUGCAUUGAUUAAAAAAAAUGGAAUAUCAAUGUAACAAUGAAUGAUUGACUAAAAUCAAAACAUGUAUACUUAUUUAUUAAUAUGCCUACAAGGGGUGUCACAGGUUCAACAGAGGAUUAAAACAAUCUUUAAUGGAACAUUUACAACAGUGUAGCAAAAUAAAGGUAAAACUGUAGCACUGAUGUAACUCUCCUCAGGAUGUACUCACACUAGGCCAUCUGUACCAUGCCUAAAGACAUUUCCUCGAGAGCCUGAUUCAGUUAACCAUGUGAUGGCUUCGUACCAUGCCUGAGCUUCACCCAACCCCACCUCAUUAAAUGGUUAAGAUGCACUCGCUAUUCGUUAGCGGCCACUCCUGUUAGCAACCAAAGCCUAGUUUGUUUGAUUAGUGUGCUACACGAGCCGUGCCCGAGCCCAACUUGCUAACUGUUAGCAGCCUCUUCUGUUAGCAAUUAUUUUCCCCAAUGCCUGAGCAUGGUACAGUGAACCAUGCCUAAACCUAACUCUUUUCAACUGGGCACGGUAGACAUAAUCAUAAUGUGAUUGCUAAGUAUGUCCGCUAACUGUUAGCACCAAAUAACCAUUACCCACAGUAGACUAUAUAGACUAGUGUAUUUAUACUAUACAGACUAGUAUAAAAAAUAUGUGCCCAUUAAAGUAAAGUGAGCCAUAGGUGGGCUCAGGCUAGAGCUUAGAUCGGGCUCAAAAUAUCCAGCCCGAGUCCAUGUAUGUUCUGCCCAAGCCCGACCCAAUCCGCCCCAUACGCUGUCAUUUUGAGCCCGAGUCCGAUUUAAACACGACAUUUUUUUUAGAAGAGUGUUAAAACUUAUCUUUUAAAAAACAUUUUCAGGCUGUUUGAAUGAGCGAAAUCGGUUCAGAAUGAUGUAAAUUUACAUUGCAACACUGAAGAAGACCUGUUAUUAAAGAAAAAUGUUUAUGAAGAACAGGUAUCCAAAAGAUUAAAACACAAACGAUGCGAACAAUGAUCCAACACCUGUAAGUUAGGCUACAAGAAUGAUGUCUGAAUAACUUUUCUCUAAUCUAAUAUAAUUUAACAUGGUUUAAGAAUAGCACAUUUCUAAACAAACAAUUUUUUUAUAUUGAGCUUAUAGUCUAAGUGCAAAACCACAAAAAAAGUGUGCACUGCGCACUUGUGCAGCUUUUUAAAAAUAUUGUGAUUAUCACGCCAUAACUUAAAAUAAAAUAAUAAUAGCUUUAAAAAACAGACGCCUACAUUACAGACUACUUUUCUUGAGCCUGACAUCGGAGAGAAUCUAACCUAUAGCUCAGGCACAGUUCAGCUACACUAAACAUGGUAUGCAACACAUCUAAAAUGAUCGCUAACCGUUAGCAACCAUUAAUCAUUCCCCCACAAAGGCUGGUUAGUCUGACCAGUGUGUCAGGCCUGUACUAUGCCCAAGCAGUGCCCAAGCCCACCUCUUCAAGUGGUUUGAUUGGAGUUGGGCACAGUUCACGUCAAACAUGGUCGCUAACUGUUGGGGCACACCAACCUUUCCCUGCAAAGCCUAGUUUGUCGGUUUGACUAGUGUGAGAGUUCUGCACCGUGAACCAUGCCUGAGUCCGAUUGGAAACGGAGGCUUGUACAUGGUUCAGUAGCAGUUGGGUACGGUGUGCAUAUCAUGUGAUUGCUCACUGAGCCACGGAAAUUAAACAUGACGUCAGUGAUGCUGGUGCCAUAAAAACCUCAUUACAUGAGUCACUGUUCUGCGUAAUCGAUAAAUCUAUAAGAAAUGUAAGCGCACCAUCAUCUAUCAGCUUACUCAUAACAGCUCCCAAUAAUCAUUAGAGUUAAUAAAAUCUGCAGAAUUAAAGUUUUGUGCAUGCGGCAGUUAAUGCACUUUUGGUAGUGUUGGGUAGCUAGUGUGAGGACACCCUCAGUUUCUUUAAAGAUUUCUUUGGUACAUCUGUGGCUGUGUUUGAAAUAGCCUUCCACAUGCUAAUACAUGUGCUUAUGUACUAAUUACGCAUUAAAAGUAACAGGCAUCCCAGUAUGCAGUAUUCUAGUAAGAUACCUAGAUUACAGUAUGUAUUUUGGUUAAAAUUAUAAAAAAAUAUCACAAAAAGGCAAAUUUUACAUGAGAAGCUAAAGCAUUCUGGAUUUUUAGACAUAGUGAUGUAAUAGGUUAUUUUUCCAAGUCAAUCCAGUCCACUAUUGUUAUUGUUCCCUUUUUCAUAAAACCUUUAUACAAAGUAAAGGAAGUCUAGGCUAAAUGAUGCAGACAACUUAAAGUACAAACAUAUGAUGAUUUUAUUUAUUUAUUUAUUAAUUGACAGUAACAUUCUGCUUCUCAUAU